UUAACGCGCCAGUCAGUCGGCAGUGCGUAUUUGUGCCGAGAAGUCGAGAAAUCGAGAACGGAGGCUAGCCGCGUUUCACUUGUUUUUCCCGAACUGAUAAGCAGAGAAGUUCAAGCCAAUCCCCGAAAGAUGAAGCCGCUGAUAGUGGUAGUGCUUGUCGUGGGACUGCUGGCAACUAGCUGCCACAUUGUCCACUCCCAGGCAGCUGGAGAAGCAGUCGUGGAGCAGGAAGAUGACGCACUCAAGCAAAGUCAGGCCAGCAUAGCUGCCCAGGUGGAGGCCAUGCUGGAGCACUUUAAGCAAGAGGAUCCACAGGGUCUGCCCGGCGUGCCCGUUCCCGAUCCCCUGGAGGUGCCCAAUGUCAAGAAGAGCCUGGGCAUGGUCAAUCUGGACAUGAAGCAAGUGAAGGCCCACGGAUUGUCCAAGUUCCGCGUGGACAAAAUGAAUCUAGACUUAAAGGAGAUGAAGUUCAAUGGUGGCCUCCAACUGGAUCAGAUGCUGGUCAAGGGUCAGUACACCCUCAGCUCGUUCUUUUCGCGGGCCAAUGGACCUUUUACUGUGAUCCUAAAGAACGUAUAUGCCGAGGCCACUGCCUUUUUGGCCGUCGAACGCGAUGGCCAUUUGGCCACGGACCGCAUUAAGAUCGACAUCACCUUCUCGGACAUGACCAUGGACUUCCAGAAUCUCGGCCUGGUGGGCAGCGUCUUCCAGAGCGUGAUCAAUGGGGCGCCCAAUCUGGUGUUCGACGCCAUGAAGCCAUUUAUGCUGCAGGAGGCGGACAAGAAGUUGCGCAGCGAGAUCGACACCAUGAUCAAGAACACGCUGGGUGAACGGCGGCUGCCGAACUCCAUCACCCCGCUGGAUAGCGCUAUUGCCAUGGCCAGGAAGAUGGUGCGCCAGAAGGGCUACGAUCCGUACCAUUUGCCUGAUGUUAACCGCACGAUGGGAGUGUUCAGUGUCCAGCUGGCACACACCUGGAUCAAUGGCAUCUCUAGCUUCUACCGGGUGGGCAACAUAACCGCGGGGAUGGCCAACAAAACGGUGUCGGUGGUGCUGCAAGUGGGCACUGGCCAGGUGACGGGAGCUGGCCAGUGGGAGGUGGGUCUGGGCAUGAUGACCCGCGUCGGGCAUGUCCAGUUCACUGUGCAGCAUAUACGCGCCACUGUGGGCGUGAGCCAAUCGCUGGACACCAGGAAGCGGGCGCAAAUCACCGAUCUGCAGUUUGACAUGGGCAACAUCCAGGUGCGUUGCGAUGGAGCCGGCACGUUGGACUACGUCAUGGAGUUUGCUGUGAACGUGAUUCCCAACCUGUUGCGCUACCAGAUCAUGGACGCCAUCGAGAAUCCCAUCAAGCAGCGCGUCCAGGAGAAGUUCAAUGCCAUCGAUGUGGAGCAGGUCAUCAAGACAAUGGCCCAGAAUGACUUUCAAUUUGAUCCAAAACUAUUGGGUUUGUAAGGCAAGUUGUGUAGUAAAUAAGCAAGUUUUUGCAAUCGAAUAAAGGUUUAUCCCUACGGGGAAUCACAA